AUGGCCCCGCGUGCCAUGCAUCGCGCCUUUUCUACCAGUGCAUGGUGGCGCAAUGCUACACCUGUGAUAGAGUCACGCUCCCCAGACGCCUCUGGCGCGACGAGUCGUCUGCCUAGCUUGGCUCGUAUGCAUCCGGCCGUCUGGGCCUCGCUGCGUGCCCAAGUGCCUUCGGCGAUCGCCGCGCUGGGUGCACGUCUCCAUCUAUUCUCCCACUCUCUUUCGCCAGAAGACCGCGAGCGUCGCACGCGCCUCGUCCAGAUGGCAUGCACACACCCCAGCUUGCUUAGCGUACAGCAAACAGCGUCCGGCUUGCCCCUGUCGGCCAGUGAGCGUCAGGAGGUGCCGGAGUUGCACGAGCAGGUGGAACACAAUGCUCAGCUUGCGACGCUUGGCAACAACUUGCUGGGUCUCCUGGCUGCCGAACAUUUCCAUCUGAAGUACCCGCACCUUCCUACUCGCGUGCUGAAAGCGUUUAUUAGUGCGUACGUCGGUCCGAGCACGCUGGCCGAUGUGGGCGCAGAGCUUGGUGUUCUAGCCCAGGGUGUACAGCGCUGGGAUCGGACAGGCUCGACGACGGUGACGCGCGCCUUGCACAAGGGCGCUAAGACUGUCACCGCGCCGCUGCUCAGCAAGGAUGUGGCUGCGCAAUCGAUGCGCGCGUUGGUCGCCGUGCUCUUCCAGGAGCUAGGUAUGGCGGCGACGCGUGGUUUUGUGCAUAGCCAGUUCCUCAGCCGUCGUCUGGACUUGGCGAGCCUGCUCAAGUUCCGUGACCCGAAACGCGUUCUGUCCACGACCUGCAAAAAAUACGGCAAGCCUGCGCCCCAAAGUCGCUUGCUCGCAGAGACAGGUCGUCUGAGCAUCAACCCUGUGUUUGUCGUGGGCGUGUACAGCGGUGCAGCGAAGCUGGGCGAAGGUACAGGUAGCAGCAUCCGUAUGGCCGAGUUCCGUGCUGCGGAGCAAGCUCUGCGUCGUUUGUACCUGGCGGAAAUGCCUGACGGAAGCUUUGUGCUGCCUUCCACGACCCUUGAUUCGACCCUUGCUGGCCAAGGCCCGAUGCCACACUCUCUCCGGCUUGCUGCGGAUCGCACGAUGGCCCCAGUGUUUGUGCCCCAGCCGCUGGGUCGUAGCGAGGUGCUGCACGAGUCUCGUGGUUGA